AUAAUAAUAAACCAGGUAGAAGUUAAAAUUAAUUAUAACUUGGAUCAAUUUUAUGUUUACUGCGGCUGUUUGGCUGAUUAAUUUAUCGCAACGUUAACAACAUAUGAAUAUAAGAGAAAUAGUAAUCAAGAACAGUGCAAUAAUGUUAUCGUAUUUAAGCAUGUCCAAACAUUAGGACGAAUCGUCAUAUGACUGCAUACACUUUAGAUAAAUCCAUAAUCAUGUUGUUGACUGACUGAUUGCUGAGUGUGUUCUAAAUCUUGAAGUUGAAAUAGUUCAGAUUGAUAUAUAGCAUACGCAUACUUUUUCUGAAAUGGAUAAACCAUCUAGAAAAACAGGCGCGAGAACAGUUCGGUUCGUCCUCUCGCUGUUGCUGGUUGCCGGGGUGACAGUUGCCCUUGAAAACGGGUUGGCCUUGACCCCGCCCAUGGGAUGGGUGUCGUGGGAACGUUACCGAUGUAAUGUAGACUGCGACAUAGAGCCAGAUAACUGUAUCAGUGAGAAUCUAUACAUGAAGAUGGCGGAUCUCCUGGUGUCGGAGGGAUACAAGGACAAGGGUUACGAAUACGUAAACAUCGACGACUGCUGGAUGGAGAAACAGAGGGACGCCAACGGUACCCUCGUGGCGGACCGUGAACGCUUUCCACACGGCAUCAAGUGGCUCGCUGAUUAUGUACACAACCUGGGCCUAAAGCUAGGCAUCUAUGAAGAUUUCGGUACGUUCACAUGCGGUGGUUACCCUGGAAGCAAGUUCUACCUUCAGAAGGACGCGGAGACGUUUGCCGCCUGGGGCGUUGACAUGCUCAAAUUGGACGGCUGCUACUCGGACAUCUCCGAUAUGGACUAUGGGUACCCGGCAAUGUCGUUCUUCUUAAACCAGACCGGUCGCCCGAUUCUCUACUCGUGCAGCUGGCCUGUCCCUCUUGUCUUCACCGGACACAUUCCUGACUACAAGAAGAUCGCGAGUUACUGCAAUAUUUGGCGGAACUACGCCGACAUUCAGGACUCCUGGGAUAGUGUGAAAGGAAUCAUCGAGUUUUACGGCAACGACACAGGCAACUUCAGCCUAGUCGCAGGACCAGGGAACUUUAAUGACCCAGAUAUGAUCAUAGUUGGUGACUACGGCCUCAGCUACGAUCAGCAGCGUACCCAGAUGGCCAUGUGGGCGAUCAUGGCGUCUCCACUUCUCAUGUCCAUCGACCUACGAAACGUAAAACCGGAAACCAAGGCGCUUCUCCAGAAUGACAACGUCAUCCGGGUCAAUCAGGAUGCCCACGGCAUCCAGGGCCACAGGAUUGUCAAGCAAGGUCCGUUCGAGGUGUGGAUGAAGCCAAUGAGUGUAGACGCCAAGGGCGGGGCAUUCGCAUUCCUCAAUCUGAAUGAUGGGGGCGGGCCCAUGCAGGUGUCAAUGAAUUUGCAAGACCUUGGCCUGACACAGGCGGAAGGAUACAACGUCACGGAAGGAUUUACGGGACAGUUUAUUGGUGUUCUCAAACCACAUGACCUCAUUAACGCUUCAGUAGACCCAUCCGGUGUGUGGUUCGGCAUCGCUUAUUUUGAUUGUUAACCAUGCUGUAUAUUCUUAUGCAAUAAAUACAGUCAUAAUGCA